AUGUCUCGCGCCGGUGCUCGGAGGACCAUGGGUCCGCUGGCCCUGUGCCGCACGAGCCAUCCGCCCCGGCCGAUCCGGCCCCACCGGCUCCGGAUAGGCGGGACGCUGCAGCGCCGCGAGCCGCCCGGCGGCGUCGGCACCAUGUAUGCCUCGGGGCGGCGUGCUGCCGCGGAACCUUCACGGGCACACCGACGAUGGUACGGCUGCGGGGCGCCGAUGAAGUCCCACGUCGCCUCCGUCGCCCCCGGCGCACGCACACCCGCCUCCGAGCGGUCGGGCGGCCGUUUGAACGAGGGUCUCGGUCACGAGCGCGCCCGCCUCGACGCGCCGCUUGAAGCGCUGGUCCCCUGGGCGGAUGCGCCCCGGGUCUCCGUGAGGGACGCCGUGGCCUGCUGGGCUCCCCUCACGCGGAGAGGACCGUUCCCGCCGUCGGCGGUAGAGGUAGAGGAUGCGCUUGUGCGGAAGUCGUGGCUCCGGGCUGUCCUGGAUGGCCCGUUCCUCACGUGCGAGUCUAUGGAGCCGGUGUGA